AUGGACUAUACUCCGACAAGUGUAAAUUCAUUCACAACAACAGACAAAGAGUUAGAAAAUAACUUGAAGGAUUUGCUUGAGAGAAUAUUGGUCUAUGUCGAGAAACACAUUGAAACCAAAGAAGAGCUCAAUUAAAUUGAAAGUGAAUUGAAAGACUACGAAAGUUUGUCCUACUUGGUUGGUAUAAUAAAAGUAAUAUUUACUAAACUAAUGCUCAAAAUAGAGAAGAAACUGUUGUAAGUAAUAAAUUAUUAUUCAAAAUCCAAAGGAAAUUGGAUAAAUACAACGAUUAGAAUAAGUCUUAAUUCUAUAAAGAUGAUGAAGAAUAUGACAAGUUAGAAUAAACUCUCAUUAAAUAUGAAUAAGAAAUUCGCAAUCAUAUCAGUGUAACUAUUCUAUGAUAAGUUUUAGGUUGAAUAACAAUUAAAGUUAUUUGCUGAAUCAAUCUAAAGCAAAUUGGAUGAGAGCGAAUCAAUCAGAUAAGAAUUAUUGGAAACAACCAAAAACAAUAUAAGUGUAAAUACAUUUCAUUUGAUUAUGAUAGAAAUUGAAAAGGGAAAAUUACGAGUUGAGUGAAAAAGAGAAGUAGUUGCAAUAGGAAGUCAAUAAUUUAAAGUAAACUAUUUAAAAUUUGGAAAGAGAGAACAAAAGAAAGUCAAUUGACUCUAAUCAAAGAGACUAUUUAUAGACUCUUAUCAGUACAUAAACUAAUUAAUAAUAAAAUCUAACAAAAAAUGGACUUAAUCAAAAUUUUUAUCUGGAAUCAAGACAAUUAAACUCUCAUUCUGAACAUUAAUCAAAUCCAAGGUAAUAUUUAAAAGAGUAGUAGGAUCUAAUAAUCCCUACAUAAUCAUCUCAAAAAUUAAAUUAUUAUAAUAUUAUCAACAAUGCAAAUACUAAAUAAAAAUCAGAAGUGAUUAAAUCCAUGCAACAAAAAGACUUUAACAAUAUCUAUAAUUAAAUUAUGAGGAGUAAACAUAAUUCAUUAUCUUCUAUAAAUGAACUGAUUAACAAUGUGACACAAUAAGAUAAGAAGCGCUCUGAUUAAUUACAAUCAAUCUCGAAGAAUAGUUCAUAGAAUAAUAGUAUGAUUCAGAAGAAUAGAGGUAUUAAUAACUAUUUAAUAUUAUUUAAUAGAUUAUAAAUAAAUUGAAACAUUAGAACUUUAAUAAAGGAGUAAAAGUUCUAAAAAAGCAGAUGACAUCAUCAAAUAUAAAACCUUGGAAUCUUUGAUAAAAUUAAAGUGA